UGCACCUUAACACCUCGUCAGCUGUUACUUUUCUCUCAGAGGACGAUGGCUUUCAUGGGGAUGCAGAUGGCUGGCUGCGCCCUGGCUCUUUUCGGCUGGAUCGGGGUGAUCGUUGUCUGUGGUGCACCCAUGUGGCGGGUCACCGCUUUUCUUAGCCACUAUGUUGUUGUAGAGACAUAUCCGUUUAGGUGGGAGGGCAUCUGGAUGAGCUGCAUGGUCCAGAGUACAGGCCAGAUGCAGUGCAAGGUGUAUGACUCCAUGCUGGAUCUGGGUUCUGCCCUCCAGGGGGUCCGGGCUCUGGUGGUAGUCUCCAUCAUCACAGGCAUCAUAGGGCUCCUCGUCGCUUUCGCUGGUGGAAAGUGCACCAACUUCAUUCCAGAGAAGAGGACCAAGGCGAAGGCUUCAGUGGUAGCUGGUGUGAUCCUGAUCAUCAGUGGAUUACUCUGCAUUAUCCCUGUUUCCUGGACUGCCAGCAUUAUCAUCAGGGACUUCUACAAUCCUCUGCUUGUUGUCGCUCAGAAAAGAAAGCUGGGGGCUUCUCUUUACGUCGGCUGGGGCACCGGGGCUCUGCUGGUCUCCGGAGGAGCACUUCUAUGUGCCAUUUCCUGCCCACCUAAAGACAGUCCAGAGCAUCCAGUCAGGUACUCCGGUGCCAGGUCCACAGCCACCAGCCGGGCCUAAGUCUGAGAGGUUCAUUCUUCUGAAAGGGACAGCAGACUCUAUUUUUGUUUUCUCGAGUAACCCUGCUUUGCUGUGAGUUUCUGAC